AUACCUAUAAUAAUUAUGGAAAUACAACAGCAAGAAGAUGUUGAUAUUGAUGAACUACAAUCAACAAUUUACACAUUUCCAACAAGUGUACAAAGUGUCAUUGAACAGGUAUUACCAAGUACAGAUCCAUUGGAUCAGCCAAAUUUUAAUGUUGUUGAUUACAUUAACACAAUGUUUCCAACAGAACAAUCACUCUCAAAUAUUGAUGAUGUUAUUAAUGAAAUGGAAUAUAAUAUAUGUUCAAUUGACAAAGAAAUACGUACAGUUGUACGUGGACAAACAGAUUCAAGUCAAGAUGGUAGAUCAGCACUUGAUAAUGCCCAAAAAGUUAUUAGACAAUUAUUUGUUCAUAUUAAAGAUAUUAAAGACAAAGCUGAACAAUCAGAAGAUACUGUUAAAGAAAUAACACGUGAUAUUAAACAGCUAGAUUCAGCUAAAAAAAAUUUAACAGCUUCAAUAACAGCUUUAAAUAAACUUCAUGUUUUAGUUGGUGAAGUUGAUAGUUUGAAAAUUUAUACAAAACAAAAACAGUAUGGUGAAAUUGUUUUAAAACUUCAGGCAAUAAUGGAAGUCAUGCAAUAUUUCAGUAGUUAUAUGGAUAUACCACAAAUUAAACAACUCUCAAAUCAAGUUAAACAAAUUGAAAUCGAACUUGCUCAACAAAUAACAUCUGAUUUUAAAGAAGCAUUCUCUGGACAAAAUCCAAAAUAUUUUACACAAUUAACUGAUGGAUGUCUUGUCUUGUCGGUACUUGAUGCAAAAGUUAAAAAAGAUUUGUUGAAUUGGUUUGUUGGUAAACAGCUACAAGAAUAUGCUCAUCUUUUUGAUGAAAAUCAAGAUAUUGCCUGGUUAGAUAAAAUUGAUCGUCGUUAUACAUGGAUUAAAAAACAUCUCAUGGAUUUUGAGGUGAAAUUUUCAAAUAUAUUUCCAGCUGAUUGGGAAAUAUCUGAACGUAUUGCUGUUGAAUUUUGUCAUGUUACUAGACAAGAUUUAACUAAAUUAAUGCAAAAAAGAAAAAUUGAAAUUGACGUUAAAUUAUUGCUUUAUGCUAUUCAAAGAACAACAACAUUUGAAAAUCUUUUGGCAAAAAGAUUUACUGGUAUAACACUUGAAAAUAAUGUUAAUGCUACUACUGCUACUACUAGUGGUAAAUUGAAUCAAUCAAUUAAUAAAAAUUCUGUAUUAUUAAAAGAAGAAGCAAAAGAAGAAGAAGAAGAAGAAAAAGAAAAAGAAAAAAAUUUAGGUAAUCCAUUUGAGGAAGCUGAUGAAAUCAAUGAUAAAGUAAUAAUAAAUAAUAAUAAUAAUAAUUUAAAUGAGACAACAAAAAAAUCAACUACCAAUCAACUAUCACCUUUUGUUAAUUUAAUUGGUAAAUGUUUUGAGGCAUAUUUAAAUAUUUAUAUUGAUAGUCUUGAUCGUAAUUUGGCUGAUUUAAUGGAUAAAUUUGUAAGUGAUUGUAAAAAUCAGCCACCAGGUGCAAAAGAUUUUGAUGGUAUUGAAGGACCAAGUAGUGUUUUAUCAUCAUGUGCUGAUUUAUUUGUUUUUUAUAAAAAAUGUAUGCUUCAAUGUACUCAAUUAAGUACUGGAUCAAUUAUGUUGAGUCUUGCUGAAACAUUUCAAAAAUAUUUACGUGAAUAUGCCUUGAAAUUGUUACAAAAUAAUUUGCCUAAAAUUGGUGGUGGUGGUGGAGGUAUUGGUAGUAUUGGUAGUAUUGGUGGUGGUGGUGGUGGUGGUGGUACAACAAGUACAAUGAGUAGUAUUACUCGUGAUUUUCGUGAUUUAUCAACUGCUGGAUUAAUACAAAAUUUUCAAAGUUUUUUAAAAGAAGGAGAAAUAACGAGAUUUAGUAAAGAAGAACAAUCAAGAAUAUGUUGUAUAUUGACAACAGCUGAAUAUUGUCUUGAGACAACACAACAACUUGAAGAAAAAUUAAAAGAAAAAAUUGAUAAAUUAUAUGCUGAAAAAAUAAAUUUAACACAAGAACAAGAUUUAUUUCACAAUGUUAUAUCAAAUUGUAUACAGUUGUUGGUACAAGAUAUUGAGAGUGCUUGUGAAUCAGCAUUAAUUGCUAUGAUUAAAAUACAAUGGAGUACAAUUGAGGGAGUUGGUGAUCAGAGUCACUAUGUCAAUACAAUUAUAUCACAAUUGAGACAAACAAUACCAGUUAUUAGAGAUCGUUUGUCUUCAUGUAGAAAAUAUUUUACUCAGCUAUGUGUUAAAUUUGUCAGUUCAUUUAUUCCAAAAUUAAUUCAACAAUUGUACAAAUGUAAACCUCUCAAUGCUGUUGGUGCUGAACAAUUAUUGCUUGAUGUACACAUGUUAAAAACAGCAUUAUUCACAUUGCCAUCAACUGGUUGUCAGGUUACAAGAAAAGCACCAGCAACAUAUAUUAAAAUUGUUGUUAAAGGCAUGUCCAAAGCAGAAAUGAUAUUGAAAAUAGUCAUGUCAACAACUGAAUGUCCAAAAUCAUUUGCUGAACAGUGCAGAAGAUUGCUACCAGAUUUACAACUAUCAGAGUAUCAAAAAAUAUUGGAUAUGAAAGGACUCAAAAAACAAGAACAAAUACAACUUGUUGAACAAUUUAAAAAUACCAAUAAUACUGAUAAUGCUGCUAUGUCAACUGGAACAACAUCUCGUUCACCAUCUUUAUCACAAAAUAAUAAUAAUAACAACAACAACAAUACCACUAGUCCAGAACACGAGGCAGGAAAAAUCAAGAGACUUGAAAAACUCAUUAAAAAACGAAUGUAAAAAUUAAGUCAAUAUAUAUUAUAUAUUAAAUAAAUAAAUAAAUAAAAAGAUAUAAUAAUAAU